UGUUUCUAGAUCAUUCUUGCUUCUGUUUCCUGCGUGUACGUGCAUGUACUGUGUACUUUUCUAUCCCAUGCCGUUCGAAACCUAUCAAAAUCCACUUUCAUCUUCCUCUGCUGGUCUGAAUUUUGCACGUAGAUCUCAUCAUGACUUCCAUCGGAUCCCUAGCAUUCGAUGAGUUUGGCCGACCGUUUUUUAUUAUUAGGGAUCAGGAACAAAAGACUCGUUUAACUGGGAUCGAAGCUCAAAAGUCACACAUAAUGGCCGCCAAAAGUGUAGCACACACUUUGAGGACAUCUUUGGGACCAAAUGGUCUUGACAAGAUGUUGGUCAGCAAAGACGGCGAGGUGACUGUCACUAAUGAUGGAGCCACCAUCCUGAGCCAGAUGGACGUGGAGCAUCAGAUAGCUAAGCUUCUGGUUCAGCUGUCCAAGUCGCAGGAUGACGAGAUUGGCGAUGGAACGACCGGAGUGGUUGGUAAGUCACAGCCAUUGUGGACUUUAAGUGCCAGCAUCCAACAAUAUGAACUUCUAACCAGUGGGAAAUUUCAGUCAGAUCGUGGUAUUUCAGGACUGAGCAGUGUCAAUCAGAAGUGUUUGGUGUCACUGAUGGGCACUCCUCCAAAAUGCUGAGAUGCUUUAAUUUUCCCUGUUUCCAGCUAAUGUAAAUAUUUAUUUCAUCAGACAAAAAUCUGCCCUUUUCAAAUGUGUUAAAUUUUUUUUGUUUAUGCUUA